AUUCUGUCUGUCACAGUCUGUUUUCCAACGUUGGCAGAACUGCGCCUUCACUUCGUAGUCAUCAGCUGUGCGAAUUAUUUAUUGUUAAAAAGCACAUUUUCGGGACAUUCCUCGCGAAUUUCGUUUAAAAGUAGUGCCGUAUCAGCGCGUUUCGUCGAAAUUUGCGAAAUCGAGUGAUUGACGUCGUGCGACGGAAUCGGAUCAUUCGUCUAAAAGUAAAGAUUUCGUGCGAUGGUAACAAAGGAAAUCAACAAGUUAAAUUAGGAGGUGAGAUGGAUGUCGGAGCCUGCAGUUCAUCAAACGAUAAGUGCACCUGCGAAGACGAGAAAUCGAAGAGUACGCCGCUAGAUCACAACGAGCUCGCGCCCAAAGAGCGCAAAUCGAAAAUAAGCUUUACGUCGUUCGGCCUGAACCUGAGACGCGGACGGUCGCUGAAUCUGACCGGGAAACGGUCGAAGAAGAGCUCGCCGCUCAGCGCGCCCCCCGGCGGAAAGAAAUCGUCGAAGUGGGUCAUGAAGUUGAACUGCUCGAAGAAGGAGUCGAAGGGGAACGAGACGCCGGCGUGUUGUCAGUGCACCUGUUAUAGGCGGACGAGCGAGCAUCACGCGGCCGCGUCGCCCGUGCAGGUGAUAGACGAGGAAGGUGCCGCCGCCUCCCCCCCGCCGAUUAGCAACGUCGUCGCACCCGCACCUGCGCCGGCUGUGGUCGAACCGCAACCGGAGGAGGUGAACGAAGCUUUAAACCGAGGGGUUUACAGCAAUAGCAGCGGAAAUAUUAUACUUAGUGCACCAUUUGUUGAUAUUCAUUGGAUAAGGUCCAUACACGAAGACUGUGAUGAAGCGGCGCGCAUACAGCGCGCGCGCGAAAUCGAGCAGGGCGUCGAUCCGCCGGCGAACUUUCGACCGUUGCGUCGAGUACAGCUCCUAUACUCGGACAUAGAAACGGAGGGCGGGCAGGCCCCGCGCCGUUUGCAGUUAGUCUGUCCGCCGGACCUAACGGUGGAAUCUCUCCGUGCCUUCUUUCAAAAUCGUAUCACGCUUCGUUCUUGCCCGUUGGACACGAUCACCGGAUGUCACACGCAAGUCGAUUUCAUUCACUGCUUAGUACCUGAUCUACUUAACAUCACCAACUGUAGCUUUUACUGGGGAAAGAUGGAUCGGUACGAAGCCGAACGUCUUCUCGAUGGCAAACCGGAAGGCACAUUUCUGCUUCGCGAUUCGGCUCAAGAGGAAUUCUUAUUUAGUGUCUCGUUUAGGAAAUACGGUCGGUCUCUGCACGCGAGAAUCGAGCAGUGGAAUCACAAGUUCAGUUUCGACUCGCACGAUCCGGGCGUCUACACUUCGGAUACGGUUUGUGGUUUAAUCGAACAUUAUAAGGACCCCAGUAGUUGUAUGUUUUUUGAGCCGAUGCUCACGUGGCCGCUGCACAGAAACUUCACGUUCUCAUUGCAACAUCUAUGCAGGGCUGUCGUAGUUAGCAAACUUGAAUACGACAACAUAAAUCAACUUCAUCUACCUAAAUCGCUCAAGUCGUACCUUAAAGAGUAUCACUAUAGGCAGAAAGUGAGAGUGGAACGAUUCGACGACGACGUGCAAUGGCUCGAUUUACGUAACGUUCCGCCGUAAUUGUAAGUAAAUCGAAAUUUUUAUAUUUUCAAAAAUUACUUUAUAAUUUAUCUAAUUACUCUAAUUAUUCUAAUGGAGAAAAUUGUUUGUCCUUUCAUUAUAACCGUUGGUUGAGAUUUUGUUUGGGAUGUUUUAAGUAAAUCCGGGUUUUCUGUUUACGGCAACCCUUACAUGUGGCGGUCGAGGCUGUUGUACGGACCUUUAACCGCCAUAUUUAACCCCAGUUAUUCAUAGUUUUAUACGAUUUCGUUGUAAUAUAUCUUUAGUGAAUAUAUAUAUAAAUUUAUACGCUAUUAAAGUUUAUUUUAAAGCAA